UUAGCCGGAGACUUGCAUCCUUUUAGAAGCUAUGUCAAGGUUAACUAAAUGUUAUUGUCAUCUGCUUAGCUUGAGCUCCACAUGGAAAUGUCACCAACAAGCCUCCAGACUGUCAACAAUGAGAAGUGGACUUGAAUUGAUAUGUGGUGGCAGAUUUAGGAGUAUUUCUUCACCAAAGACAGUUACAAGGACCGGUGUAUGUGGAGGACAUUCACAGUGGUUUGAUUGGAUUCUGAAGAAAAGAGAACUCCAUUUAAGCGCACCGCUUGGAGAAAAAAAUGCACUUCAGUUCAGAGAACUAACAGAGACAGAAUAUGAGAGACUAGCAGAAGAGACACUGGAUGCAUUGGCUGACUAUUUUGAAGACCUCACAGAUGAGAGCUUCACUGGAAUGGACUAUGACAUUGUCUUCUCUAAUGGAGUGCUGACAAUGAAAGUGGGCUCUGACCUCGGUACAUAUGUUAUCAACAAACAGACACCCAACCGACAGAUUUGGCUGUCCUCGCCGAUAAGCGGUCCAAAGCGCUAUGAUUGGACAGGAGAGCGAUGGGUGUACGCUCACGAUGGCAUGGCAUUGCAUAAUCUGCUCUCCAAAGAGUUGUCUGUCAUCUUCAAAUCAAAUAUAGACCUGUCACAUCUCAUCCAUUCAUGAUGAGACCAAUGUGAAGAAUAGACACUGUUAUAGAUCCUCUCCACACCAGUUCUCUUGUGACUCUCGUGAUCUUUUGGGUUAAACAAUAAGGGUAAGAAGUCAAAACUCUAGCUAAUGUCCAAAAAGAACACCCUUUUGCCUCUUUUUGCAUGAAGACCUACAAAUCAACCCCCUACAAAAUCCCAAAAGCAGGACCAGAUGUGCAGAUUUGAUUAUGAAGUUAAAGUAUUAUAUUAAACAAGUACAAG